CCCAAAGAUGGCAGGCUGCCAGACUGGUCUGCCGGUAAUGGCCAGAACUGCGCUGUGACUCUGAACCAGAGCACAUCUAAUCCUGUCCUGAGAAUCUGAGCUCAAGACCCAGCAUGCCCUUAUAAGUGGAAGUCCUGCUACCUCGAACCAUGGAGUCAUCUUUCUCAUUUGGAGUGAUCCUUGCUGUCCUGACCAUCCUUAUCAUUGCCGUUAAUGCACUGGUGGUUGUGGCUAUGCUGCUAUCAAUCUACAAGAAUGAUGGUGUUGGCCUUUGCUUCACCUUAAAUCUGGCCGUGGCUGAUACCUUGAUUGGCGUGGCUAUUUCUGGGCUAGUUACGGACCAGCUCUCCAGCUCUGCUCAGCACACACAGAAGACCUUGUGUAGCCUUCGGAUGGCAUUCGUCACUUCUUCUGCAGCCGCCUCUGUCCUCACGGUCAUGCUGAUUGCCUUUGACAGGUACCUGGCCAUUAAGCAGCCCCUCCGUUACUUCCAGAUCAUGAAUGGGCUUGUAGCUGGAGGAUGCAUUGCAGGGCUGUGGUUGAUAUCUUACCUUAUCGGCUUCCUCCCACUUGGAGUCUCCAUAUUCCAACAGACCACCUACCACGGGCCCUGCACCUUCUUUGCUGUGUUUCACCCAAGGUUUGUGCUGACCCUCUCCUGUGCUGGCUUCUUCCCAGCUGUGCUCCUCUUUGUCUUCUUCUACUGUGACAUGCUCAAGAUCGCCUCUGUGCACAGCCAGCAGAUCCGGAAGAUGGAACAUGCAGGAGCCAUGGUUGGAGCUUGCCGGCCCCCACGGCCUGUCAAUGACUUCAAGGCUGUCCGGACUGUAUCUGUCCUUAUUGGGAGCUUCACCCUGUCCUGGUCUCCGUUUCUCAUCACUAGCAUUGUGCAGGUGGCCUGCCACAAAUGCUGCCUCUACCAAGUGCUGGAAAAAUACCUCUGGCUCCUUGGAGUUGGCAACUCCCUGCUCAACCCACUCAUCUAUGCCUAUUGGCAGAGGGAGGUUCGGCAGCAGCUCUGCCACAUGGCCCUGGGAGUGAAGAAGUUCUUUACUUCAAUCUUCCUCCUUCUCUCGGCCAGGAAUCGUGGUCCACAGAGGACCCGAGAAAGCUCCUAUCACAUCGUCACUAUCAGCCAGCCGGAGCUCGAUGGCUAGGAUGGUAAGGAAGGGGUGUUUCCAAGUGCCUUUCCCAUCCCCACUCUGGGUCCCAGCUAGGUGAUAACAUAUGACACCCCCCAAAAUGUCAGAUCUUCCAUUAGCAAAUUGACCACCCUCCUAUG